AGUAUGAAAAAAAAUCAGUGUGUAAUCAAUCAAUUCCGCAGUCAAGCACUGGGAUUGGAAUUUUAUUGUUAACUUUUAUAAUGUAUUAUAUUGUAGGGCAUUGUGUAAGGGUUAAAAAGUGGUAGUUUUAAAAUGGAACGAUGAAAAUAAAAACGUGAAAUGUAUAAUUUGUUGUGCUAUAAGUGGUAUAACUGUUAAAUGUUGGUGGUUUUGGGCUGGUCCGUUUACAGAAACGGAAACAAUCUAUGUUUCCACUCGCUUUUAGAACCGUUCUGUAAAAUAUUUAGGUGACAACAGUUUAGUUUCUUGUAUAAAUUGUACAGAAUUUAUAUUAUUGUAAUGUAAAUAAAAAAUAUUCUUUGCUGGCGCAUGCGUCGGGGCGAGAAACAGACAAAGGUUUUGUGGAGUUUGAAAAUCAGCUGUAUUAUUUUAAUGUGCGAUGAGUUAGUGUCCGUGGAGUGUUUGAAGAAGUGACAAUGAUUAGUGAAAUUGGAUACACAGUGUUUGUGCUCCUGGCCCUGCCUUACAUUGAAAGUGCAACCCGUCGCGAACUAAGCGAAUACAUCACAUACUACGAGCCGCUCGACUACGACGCGAACGACUUGCACGAGCAACACACGCGCGCGCGUCGCUCCACAGACGCGCCCGCCGACCUGCGGCUCAAGUUCCGCGCGCACGGCCGGCGGUUCCACCUACGGCUCAGACGCGACCUGUCCGCCUUCCACGAGGACCUGCAGGUGGAGGGCUCACAGGGGCAAAUACACAAUGUCGACACGUCGCACAUAUAUCAUGGGGAAUUGGCUGAUGAUCCCCAAUCGACGGUAUUCGGUUCGGUGACGGACGGCGUGUUCGAAGGCAAAAUCGUCGCCAGCGAUGGCGCGUACUACGUCGAGCACGCGCGGCGGUACUUCCCGCCGAACGGCACCCGCUCGCGGGGGCCCCACUCCGUCAUCUACCGCGAGGGCGAUGUGGUCGACCCGUACGCGCACAGGAGACAUGGUCACGUGGGCGGCUGCGGAAUCACAGACGAGGUGGUGCAGUGGAUGGAGCGCAUCCAAAACUCUGGCGUAGAGGACGAUGUCUCACCGUCGCCGCCUGCGCCGUCAGCCAACCCCUAUCCGCACCAUAUACCGUCUUCGCCCCCGCCACAUCCUAACAGCUUGAGGGAUGAUAACCCUAGGUUCUGGGACAUGCAGUACCACGACAAGUACUCGCGGGCGGCGAACAGCGGUCACUCGCGGUCGCGGCGGGCGGCCAAGGAGGCGAACCGGACCAGCUGCUCGCUCUAUAUACAGACGGAUCCGCUCAUAUGGCGGCACGUCAGGGAAGGAUUUCCUGAUCACCGAGACCCCAGCAAGAAAGCUGAAGUGGACAUGAAGACGCGCGAGGAGCUGCUCUCGCUGAUCGCGCACCACGUGACCGCCGUCAACUACAUCUACAAGAGCACGCGCUUCGACGGACAUAUGGAACACAGGAACAUACAGUUUGAAGUGCAGCGAAUAAAGAUCGAUGACUCCGAAUGCAACCACCACUACGGCACCAGCGAGACGAACCAAUUCUGCCUCGAGAACAUCGACGUGUCCAACUUCCUGAACCUGCACUCGCUCGCCAACCACGAGGACUUCUGCCUCGCCUACGUGUUCACCUACCGGGACUUCACCGGAGGCACUCUAGGCCUUGCAUGGGUCGCAAGCGCGAGCGGCGCGUCGGGUGGAAUCUGCGAGAAAUACAAGACCUACACGGAGACUAUAGGCGGCAUGUACCAGAGCACCAAGCGCUCGCUGAACACGGGCAUCAUCACGUUCGUCAACUACAACAGCCGCGUGCCGCCUAAGGUCAGCCAGCUGACAUUGGCUCACGAGAUCGGACAUAAUUUCGGCUCGCCGCACGACUAUCCGUCGGAGUGCCGACCAGGCGGCCAGCAGGGCAACUUCAUAAUGUUCGCGUCGGCCACCAGCGGUGACCGGCCCAACAACAGCAAGUUCUCUGCCUGCUCCAAGGGGAACAUCAGCCAAGUGCUCGACGCAGUGCGGGAUGGAAGGAAGAGGAACUGCCUCUCGGCCAGCCAGGGAUCGUUCUGCGGCAACAAGAUUGUGGAGUUAGGAGAGCAAUGCGACUGUGGUUACGACGAGCUCGAGUGCAAAGACCGCUGCUGCUACCCGCGCGUCAUCAACGACACGGAGCGCAGCCUCAACAUGAGCGCGCGCGGCUGCACCCGGAGGGCCAUGACGCAAUGCAGUCCAUCACAAGGCCCGUGCUGCAACGCACAAACUUGCAUGUUCGUGACGGCGAGCGCCAACCAGACUUGUCGCGAGGCAACCGAAUGCAGCCACGCGUCGUUCUGUUCGGGUCGUUCUGCGAUGUGCCCAGAGCCGAGAGCUAUGGACAACGGCACUCUAUGCAAUAACGGCACCCAACUGUGCAAGUCCGGCGAGUGCAGCGACAGCAUCUGCAAGCUGUGGAACAUGACGGAGUGCUUCCUGUCGUCGGCGCCCACGGCGCGCGGCGACGGCGUGACGGCCACGGCCGACCGCCGCAUGCUGUGCCAGCUGGCCUGCCAGACCGGGCCCGAGCCCGACUCCUGCCAGAGCACCGCCCGCUUCGCCAAGCGCUACAACCUGCCCGCCGAGGGCAUCAGCCUCCGCCCCGGCUCGCCUUGCGAUAACUUCCAGGGUUACUGUGAUGUGUUCCUAAAAUGCCGCGCCGUAGACGCAGAAGGCCCGCUGGCGCGUCUCAAGAAUUUGCUCCUGAACCGAGCCACGCUACAGACAGUCCAGGCCUGGGUCAUCGAGCAGUGGUGGGCCGUGCUGAUCGGCGGGGUACUGCUCAUCGUGUGUAUGGGCGCCUUCGUCAAAUGCUGCGCCGUGCACACGCCCUCAUCCAACCCCAAGCGGGCACCUGCCAGACGGCUGUCGGAAACGCUGCGGCGGCCGAUGAACACGCUGCGGCGCAUGCGCCACGCGCACGGCGCGCACCCCGCGCGCCACGAGCCCCGCGCGCCCCGCCCCGGCCACCGCCGCGCGCGGCACAAGUACACCCCGCCCGCCGCCUACACCCGCCCCACUGCUCCAGCACCGGCGCCGGCGCCGGCGGGCCCGUCGGGGCGGCGCGCGGAGCCGUACGCGAACGCCUACCCGGCGGCGUACGAGAUGCGGUCGCAGAAGGUCUGACACUACGAGUACCCCGGCGCGGGCGACGGCGGGCUGGAGCUGGUGGCGCUGGCGCCCGGCGUGCCGCUGCUGCUGGGCUACGUGCUGCGCGCGCCCUCCCCGCCCGCCGCCACCGCCGCCACCGCCACCGUCGCCUCGCAGACCACCAUCACCCUGCACUCGCCCGACACGCUCGCCGUCACCAACCCGCAGCGGCAGGCCGAUAUCUGAACACUGCUCCUUCUGCCGAUUCACCGGUUAUUGGAUCCAGGUUCCACGUUCGAUCGGACGAUUGUCUUUUGCCGGUCGGCUGGCGUACGGUUUGCCUCGUGAUUUUAACGUUGCUCGUCGACGGAACGUGGCGACUACGCACAUUAUUAAUAAUUAAAAUAAUUUUCAUGAGAUUACGUAAAAGUAGCGUUAAAUUCUUGGGACUUCUAGUAAACAUGUUUCGUCGACGUGGAGGCGCCGCCGUAUUUGACCUACCUACUAUGAUAUGUUUAGUGAGUGAAAGAAAAAACAGCUCUAUACUUAACUAAACCACCGCAUGUAAUGUUUCAUUAGUAUAGAUGUGGACAUUGAAUAACCCCCUAAUGUGAUAGGGGAGGUUAGUCUUUCUCGACUUAGCGGUGGAAGCAGGAAGCCCCAACACUAUUGUAUCCGGACGUCCAGGUCGCAACAACCGUAGACCACUAUCGGUAGUAUCUCCGCUCGCGUCUACACUACAUUUUAACUUAUAACUUACCUUGUAUUACUCUCAUUCCAAUCCUAUAUUUUAGCGCUGGUAAAAUCCAUUUGGUUCAGACACUUUGUUGUGUUGUGAAUUGAGGAUAUAUAUCUGCGAUAGUCGAAGGUCAUAUUAUAAAUGUGUUCUCUCAAACUAUUCCUUUCCAUUAGAAUAGAAGACAAAAAAGGCAAUAUUGGUUUUAAUUGGUAAGAACUAUGUUUGCUCAAUCAAAAAUAUAUAUUAUACUCUAUUCUAUGUAUACUGCGAGCUCAAAGUGUGUCGAUCGACUGCUUCAUUUACGUAUUAUGUUGGUGUUUAAGAAUGAGAUUAUCUUUGAAUUCACUAAGCCCCUAAGCCCGGGUUUUAUAAAGAUCCGUUACUAAAUAUCUCUAAUGGUAAUUACGAGUAUAUCGGCAACUCCACGUUUGUCAAAAAAGUGGAUUUUACUCAUGUAUUUUUAUAGAUCCCAGACUAAAAGGCGUAUCUUAACGAGCCGGUGAUACUUUAACUACGCGAUAAUAAUGGAUUGUUAGAGUUGCUUUUACAACAGGCAUUUAUGUAUAUUUUUGUAUAUAAAUGAAGUAAAGAGUAAAUAAAAAGCUAUUAUGUAAAAAUAUCAAACAAUUGUAACUGAAUACCAAUACUAGUUAGUGUAUAACGCAUUGUUUUACUGGAAUCUCCGUAAUCGUAAUUUUAUAAUCUAUUUUUAUUGUAUUUUAAUGUAAGGAGACGCGGAGGUGCCAUUAUACCAAUUUUGUAUUCCCAUUUGUUGACUUAUUGUUCUUAUUUGUUGUCAGCAAACUUUUAUUGAACAACUUUACGCCCAUUUUAGUUGUGUCUCAAACAUUCGGACAAACCACCUGUAGUAAUCAUCACAACAUUGUUAUUACUAUUAAAAUAAUGCCAUAUUCACGUAAACACUGCCAAGCGCUUUUUCUACUUAUGCGCUGUGUGAUAAGUAACAUACAUAGAUGAAGUUAGCGAAGUGUAAAUGUUUAGUUAGACCUUACCGCGGUUAGAUUAGUGUGUUCAACUGCCCUUAUUUCCGAAUACCAGAUAUCUUGAGUGACAAAGAUCAAAAUUCUCUUUAAACACCAAAUCUAAGCACCAGAAUUUCCAACAUAAUGGAAGUUCCCUAUCAUCUAAGUAUUAAGAAAUUUGGUAUUUCGGAAAUGCUUUAAAUUGGGUGUUUAGUAAAUCGGAUUUUUUUAGGUUCGAGGGCCAAGAGCCGCAACUGAAAUAAGGGCAGCCAACGAGUGUUGUGAUAACUAGCGGGUGGAAUAUUUUUGCCUAUAGGUAACUCUUCGUUAUCUUAAAUUCAUUGGGCUCACAUUGCAUUACAUUAAUGGUAAUUUAACGCAUUCACUGCCAGCAACCCGCCAAGCGGGCGCGCAGUCCGUAGUCGCUUUUCGCUACAUGCGGGUUUUCACGUUAUCGAUUACGCUCGUAGUACCCUCUGGCACUGAAUGUGUUAACUGUCUCACGGAGAGUAACUUGGUACUUUUGGUUAUCUGCAUAAAACAUAACUAAAUAUUCACACCCGCUGAAGAUAAUACGUUCUAACAAUGUCCUGAAAUUAUUGAAGUCACUGGAAGCUUCAUGGGCUCAAAUGUUUCCAAAUUCUGCAUUUAGUCUUCCUAAGGACUUGUACUUUUUUGUAUUCGUUUAAUGUUAUUUUUAAGUAGAUUGUAAAUUAUUAAAAAAACAACAGUAUUGCCAAAUGAUCAAAUAAUUAAAUUAGACUGAAAAUCUUACAAUGUUGUUAUGGUGUUCGCGACUAUGCGUUCUCUUAGUUACCUCGGGCGGGCGUCGCGCGCCGUGGUUGGUUUUCUUCGUGUUACUGGCAAACACAAACUUGCAUAUCACAUUAUAACGUUUACUCUACAUGAUAUACCUGUAAUAUACGAUUACGAUUGUUUGGUCGGUCGUUUCAGUUGAUCUCUUUGAUAGACGAUGUACGUUAAUGGUCAUACAUACUACGCGUAGAGUUAACUUUCCGUCGUGCAAGCCAAAGAGCAUGAUGUAUUUUUUAUGUUUUCUAUACAUUUAAUGUUAAGGGUCAAUCUUAUAAGUAUACCAUAGUAAUGCCAUUUUAUUAGUGAAUAUCGAAACAAUACGCGAAUUCUCAUAACUGUACUAUAACAUUGUAUAUUUGUAUGUAAACCGAGAGGGUAAUGUUUCCGAUGUAGAGCGACUUGACCAAUUGUGUAAAGAUGGAUCACGUAACCAUCGCCGUAGUACUCAAUGGCAUUAUUUCUCCUAAGUGUAAGCUAGAUUACCGUAAUAGAUUAUUUAAAAGACAAUGUGAAUAUUUUUAAUUAAUGAGAUGAAUGUUACAACAUGUGAUUUCAAAAUAAUAAUAAAAAAAAAACAAUAAAUUUUACAUUAAA